AUGGCCAGCUCCGCCCCCACGUCCACGGGCCUCGAGAGCCCCGAGGCGCUCGCGCGCCUGAACGCCACCAUCAUGGGCGAGCGCAACCCGCGCGGCAUCCCGUCCGCCGUCUUCGUGGACUCGGUGGAGGCCUUCAUGGACGCGUGCGGCGUCAAAAACAUCGAGCCGCUCGUGGGCGCGCUGCAGCAGAUGUACAGCAAGUACAAGUUCAUGGAGACGAGUCUGCAGAAGAACCGCGAGACGUUCAAGCGCAAGAUCCCGGACACGCAGAAGGACCUGGACAUGGUGCGGCACCUGAUCGCCAAGCGCGACGAGGGCGAGACGCUGCAGACGCAGUUCAAUCUGGCCGACAACGUGUACGCCAAGGCGGCGGUGGACUGCUCCGUGGGCAAGGUCUGCAUCUGGCUGGGCGCGCAGGUCAUGGUCGAGUACCCGUACGAAGACGCCCAGGAUCUGCUGGAGAAGAACGUGGCUUCGGCCACAGAGAAGCUGGGCCAAAUUGAGGAGGAUCUGUCGUUCCUGCGCGACCAGAUCAUCACCACCGAGGUCAACAUCGCGCGCAUAUUUAACCACGACGUGCGUCGCCGCCGCCAGGAGAAGGACGACAAGCUGGUUGCGGAGCUCGAGGCCAAGUGA